UGGUGAAGGGGGCGGCAUCCCGAGCUGUGUCCCUUCCUUCCGCUACACUGACGGUUGUACGAAAGAGAAAAUGCCUGAUCCUGCUAAAUCAGCCCCUGCGCCCAAGAAGGGCUCCAAAAAGGCCGUGACCAAAACCCAGAAGAAAGGAGACAAAAAGCGCCGUAAGAGCAGGAAAGAAAGCUACGCCAUUUACGUGUACAAGGUGCUGAAGCAAGUGCACCCAGACACGGGGAUCUCCUCCAAGGCCAUGGGCAUCAUGAACUCGUUCGUCAAUGAUAUCUUCGAACGCAUCGCCGGGGAAGCGUCGCGGCUGGCGCACUACAACAAGAGAUCCACCAUCACCUCCAGGGAGAUCCAGACCGCCGUCCGCCUGCUGCUGCCCGGCGAGCUGGCCAAGCACGCCGUGUCCGAGGGCACCAAGGCCGUGACCAAGUACACCAGCUCCAAAUAAAGGCGGACUGAAAGCCCGACACGAGGGGACAACAGUCACCCAAACCACCACCGAAGACGAUCUUUAAACUCCCUUCACUGUGUCGGAAAACUGCGUGUGGUUUUUUGCAUCAUUGCCGUUUUCGAUGAGAAUGAAUGCCAACUGAACCCAGGCCUUACGCUGGAUGUCUUGAGAUAUAGUGGAACUGUAGUCUGCCAUUUUGUUUUAAGUCAAUGUUUCGUGUUAUUUUUCUGAGCUGUGUAACGUUUUUAACAAAUGACUGAAUAAAUUCAGAAAAAAAAUUCAGAGCGAAUGUAAGUCGGUGCUUUAUAACCGUGGAAGUCUCCUUUGCUUUGCACCAUUUUAAUACUGAUUUAUACAUGCACCUUAGAAAAUGACCCACCGACUUAAUUGUAUGGAAUAGCACAGUCCAGACAAACAUUGUAAAAUUAAAACUGUGACUUACUGCCACUGAGUAGUUUGUGUUUCUACCUUGAGGUGAUGUUCAUCUUCUUAAUACAGUAUAAGUGCUGGAAGAGAGCGACACCAAAUGGUAGCUGAGGUUAAUGUGGGGGAAAGUGCAGGUGUGCACUCAGCAGGGUUAUUAUAGUUCUUCAUUAUACAGCUCAAUGUGCCCCAGUGUUAAAUUAUGUUACUUUAAUACUCUUAGGCUGUGAUGUAUUAGGAUGUAAGCAGUAUUUUCAUGCUGUAGCUGUACACACUGAAGCAAGCAUGAACUACACUCUAUAUGUUUGAGUAAACGAGUCUAUACAGUGCAUCAUAUUUUCUAAAGUGAUCACAUUCUGCCAAUAAGCAGCAGAUGUACUGACAUGUCAGAGCAGGAAAGGCACAGGAGUGUUUAAGUGGGACUCAAAUGGAACAUUUUAAUGUUCGUCUAUAUUGUUGUGCAUCAAAAUUAUUCAUGUCUGUAAUUAAGCAGUGCAUUUUCUGCUAUGACAAGUCAAAGCAUCUGUCAAAAACAGCUGUUUGUCUAACUGGCUUUGUGGAAAUAAUAAAGUUAUCUUCAUUGUAACAAACA